GCGGAUCCCUUGUUCUUCCUUCAUCACUGAACAAGCAUUCCACGCUCCGUCCGACGCCGUCGACCCUCGUCAUCACCGCGUGGUUGUUCUUGGGCAUGUGGUGAAGAAGGUUCGAACCCUAGGGCAUUUUCCAAUCCCAAAAUCUGGUAGUUGCAGAAUAUAAAGGAGGUGUAUUUCAUGCUGCUCUCCGUAUUCAUUCAACGUGAAUCUUCAAAAUUUUAUGCCAAAAUUCUCGGAUUCGUGCUUCUUUUGCAGUUCUUGUUACUAUUCAUCAUUGAACUCCAUUCAUUACUGUCAUACAUCACUUAAUUUUUAACAAUUAGACCAAAAAAAGAAAAGGAAAGAGAAAAAGACAUUCCGGGAACCAUGGCAUCAGGUAACCGAUGCCACUAUGAAGUCCUUGGCCUUGAGCGAGACUGUACUCCUGAUGAAAUACGAUCAGCAUAUAGGCGUCUUGCCCUUCAACGGCACCCUGACAAGCUUGUCAAAUCCGGCUUACCACAAGCUGAAGCCACAGCUCAGUUCCAGGAGCUCCAACAUGCCUAUGAAGUCCUUUCUGACCCUAAAGAGCGAGCAUGGUAUGAUUCCCAUCGGUCUCAGAUUCUCUUUUCUGAUCCCAACUCAGGGGGAAAGUCAGUGCCCAACUCAUUCAUCCCGAACCUGUUUUCCUUCUUCUCUACAAAUGUUUAUUCUGGAUAUUCAGACACUGGCAAGGGAUUCUACAAGGUUUAUUCUGAUGUUUUUGUUCAAAUUCAUGCCAAUGAAAUUAACUUUGCUAAGAAAUUAGGACUAGGUAUAGAUGUGGUUCGACAAUCCCCAGUAAUGGGCAAUUUAGAUAGCCCUUAUGCUCAAGUGACAGCAUUUUACAAUUACUGGUUGGGAUUUUCAACAAUUAUGGAUUUUUGUUGGGUGGAUGAGUAUGAUGUUAUGGCUGGUCCUAACCGGAAGUCAAGGCGUCUUAUGGAGGAAGAGAACAGCAAGAUCAGAAAGAAAGCAAAGAAAGAGUACAAUGACACAGUGCGGAAGUUGGCUGAAUUUGUCAAGAAGAGGGAUAAAAGGGUGAUUGAUAUGAAGGUGAAGAAGAAUAUGGAGAUGGAAAAGAAGAAAGAGGAGGAGAGGGAGAGGAAGAGGCAGUUGGAGAAGGAGAAAAAAGAGAGAGCAAUGUCAUAUGAAGAGCCUGAGUGGGCCAAAGUGGAGGAGGAUGAAGAAGAUGAGCCUGAUUGGUUUGAGGAGGGAAGUAAGAAGAAGAAUGAUGAGAAUGAGUUUUAUUGUGUACUGUGUGGUAAGAAGUUCAAGAGUGAGAAGCAAUGGAAGAACCAUGAGCAAUCAAAGAAACACAAGGAGAAAGUUGCAGAAUUUAGGGAUUCACUUGAUGAUGAAGAGAAUGUGGAAGUAGAGGUAGAAGAAGUGGAGGUAGAUGAAAGAGAAGGAAAGGGGAGCUCAGACAGUUAUGAAGACAAAGUUGGGUUGAAUGAUAUGUCUGGGAGCACUCAUAAUGAGAUUCAGGAUUUAGAAGGGAAGAUUAGAGAUGGUCUUAAUGUUGCAGAGGAUGCGGCAGGAAAUGGGAUUGAGUUGAAUGAAGAAGAAGAGGAAGAAGAAUUUCUUGAUGCCCAGCAUUCUGAAGGGGAGGAGGCUGGCAUCUCGGAGGAUUUUGAUGGAAAAGAAUGUGACGAUGAAUUGGGUGUCCUUGAAGCAAUGGUGGCUGGGCACGGGAGCAGAAAAACUGGUGCCCCAAGCCAGGAGCGCAAGGCUACAUUGAGUAUAUCUCAAAAUGAUACUGAGAGCGAUGAGGUUGGUUUUAUGGAAUAUGACACACGAAAGAAUUCAAGAAAGAAACGUGGCUCUAAAAAAGAGGGAGGAAGAAAAAAUAGUGAAGAAUCGAUGGUGGCUACCAGUAACAAUGAUUUUCAGAAUGAAAAAUAUAUUAAUGGUGAUGCAUAUCAGGCAGAAGACUCUACUAAUGGGGAAAACGAGAAUAAUGGUGGAGAAAAUGAGCAGGCGAGUAGAGAUAAGAAGACUUCACAUCAACGUAUUGAUAAAAAAGGAGCUGCAAAGGAUACAAGAACCAAUGAAAAAAAUUUCUCCAAAGCAAGAAAAGCCAGGGGGACAUCAAAGAAUCUUGGCAAUAUCUGUGACGCUUGCGGAGAGGAGUUUGAUUCAAGGAAUAAACUGCAUAAGCAUCUGGGAGAAACCGGGCAUGCGACUAUAAAAUCCACAAGGAAGCGUCACUAGAGCUAUUUGAUACAACCAUAUCCAUAGUAUUCAUUCUUUAUUUAUAAAUAUUUCAACAUAUAUGUGGUGUAGACCCUCUUCUCAUAUAACUCUGAAUUUUGAAUAUGUACCCAUAUUUGUAUUCAUCAUCAAUGGAAAGGUAUGAUUAUUUUAUUUCUGAAAA